AUGAUCGAACAAAAUAAAAUUUUAAUUGGUUUGGGAAAUGAAAUAAAAAAUAAAAUAGUUAGUAACUUCAAAAAGGGGGAUAUUAGUAGAAUGUAUUUAGAUUUUUUGAACGAUAAAUAUAAAUAUGAUACAUGGAUAUAUUUAAGUAAUAUAAAAUCUUAUAUUUGUGAAAAAAAUAAUAUAAUACUAGUUAAGCCAAUAAACCAAAUAAAUAAACAAAGUGGAAUUACUAUAAAAAAUAUAUUAAAUUAUUUAAAAUGUGAAGAUGCAAAUAAUGUGUGCAUAAUUAUACCUGAUAUAUACAGACCAAUUGGUAAAUAUAAAUACAAAGAGUAUAUUAAAAUUCAUGAAAAAUUAGGAUCAGAUUUUUAUAAUUUGUUAAAUAUAGAUAUAUUAAAAAAUUUAAAUAACAAAAAUUAUUUACAACUAUGUUUUGGUACAAACAAUUUACAAAACGAAAAAAUUAUGUCUGUUCAUUCGAACUUUCAAGAAGAUAUAAAAGAAAAUGAACAUAAACUUUUAUUAAAUACAUUUAAAUUAGCUGAUGAAUAUUUUAACAAAAUAAUUCUUAAUUCAAAUUAUAUAUCUACAAAUUAUAUCCACUUUAAAAAAAAAUAUCCAGCAAUGGAACAGCAAAAAAAUUUUAAAAUUAACACUUCAAAAAGACGAUAUAUUUUAGACAUAUAUAAGCAUAUAUAUAAAUAA